UUAUGGUCACUCACGUCUGCUCUUGGAUGGGCAGGAUGGUCACCGUGGACGCCAUGCAGCAGAACGGUAGGUGUAGCGAAUUACUUACGCAUGGUGAGAACUGGGUCCGUUGGGACAAUAGGUCGAAAGGCUGGAGUAGCGAAGAGAGCGGCUAUGAAUAGGAACUGGAGUAGGCCAAAAACUCCCUAG